AAACAAGGGAUUGAUAUGUAAGUUAGACGGACUAUAGCGGCUUUUAGAGCGUAUUGCCGUGAUUACAUAUACGCAUUUAAAGAGCAUAUAACAAACUCGGGGACAGACAGUUAGGCUUUAUCAACAUCUCAUUCUCUGUAGCUUCCCUAGAUCCGCUUCACUCUUCAUCAUGGCAACAAUCGCAAAGACUGUUGUGGCCACCGGGGCCACUUCAGGCCUGGGGUUCGAACUAGUUAAACAGCUUCUUGCACAGACACAACCGUAUAAGUUCAUCCUCGGAGCCAGGGAUGCCAAGACAGCCCAAGCAGCCUUUGACAGUCUCAAAUAUGACAACAGUAGACACAAUUUGACCAUCUUUCCGCUAGAGUUGUCGAAUCUUAAGACUGUCAAGACCUUCUCUCAGCUAGUUCUUGAUAAACUGGGACAAGACAAGGUCGACUACUUAUUGCUUAAUGCAGCAAUAGCUAUAAAUGCCGACGAGCCUGGUCCCCACGGUUCGAAGUGGAGUGAACCCUACAUUGUCAACCACCUUUCCCAGCAUUAUCUUAUCCAUCUGCUUCGAGAGAAGUUAGAGGCAUCGCGGUCGCGUAUUGUAGUUGUCUCCAGCGGAGCCGUGCGAGGGGUACAGGAUCUCAGUUUGCUAGAUAACGACGUCAAAGGUGCUUCAAAGACGGAGCGCAGUGUUUACAGCGCCACUAAAUUCAUCCAGCUCCUCGGCGCUCACUGGUGGCGCCGCCAACUCCAAGGCAAAUGCGAUGUCGUUGCCGUCUCUCCUGGUUUGAUUCCCGGCACUGGACUUCCUCGAGGCACCAGCAUGCAAAUGCCUACGAACCAUCCAGAUGCCAAGACCGUCUCUGAAGGCGCUCAAAGUAUCCUCCGUGCAUUCACACGGGAUGAUUUCCCUGAAGACCCCGACCAGAUCUUUUUGACAAGCUGGGGCGAAUGGUGGUCCAAGGAUGUUUACAAGCUCAGUUUGGAUAAGAACCUACAGGACAAGUGGUGCCCGAGUAAGGGUGAGAUCGAAAAGGAAGAAGGCUUGACUGCGUAAAGUUCGCAGUCCGAAUUGAUAGGUUAUUCGGGACCGAACGUUCUCGGCGAUCUGGGCAGCACAGUUCCACAGUACCGGGGCCCAUUCGGAUACGGACAUGGAGACAUACGGCAUCCACUUCAUAUGCUCAAAUCCGUCCCCAAUCCAGCUCAUUACACCUGGUACCAUUUACUUGCGGUAUGCAAGUCAGUAUAAUUGCCCGAUAUGAAUUUACAAUAUCUGUUUUCGAUUACAUCCGACACAUCCCAUGAUUUUCCUGAGUGCUGGUAACAAAGCAAAUGUCUAAGAUGACCCGAAUAUAGUACAGUAUUCCCCUAUAGCCAAACACAAUAAUCCACCUCCAUUACUUCGCUAAUCUGCCAUCGCUCCCUUGCCCCUUCAAUCAUAUCCAUUAUCUAUAUCUUAUACCGUAACCUUGUUCUUAGUUAGAUUAGCUUUCUGAAGAAGUUUUCCUAACGUUAUUUUUCGACAUCCGGCGCCGUUUUCGAUGGUUCUUUCAUUCCGUACUCCGUCUCUAGCUCAGUUCGCAGCGGAAUCUCCUUCUCGAUGAAAACCAGCAACGCCGCAAGGCCACCAAAUGCGACAGCUACCUCGAAGACCAGCUUUAGCGCAUCCCGGUACACGCUAAUGACCUCGCCUUGUAGCGGCUGAGGAAAUGACUCCACGAAACUUGCCGAGCCGUACUGGUACGCACUGUGAUCAUCAUUGUUAACCAUACCGUCUCCAAACAUUGCUACGACGUUUGA